AUGGUACUUUUCAAGUUUUCCAAUAGAUUCUCCAUCCUUCCCGUGAAGCACAUCCACGACGACGAAGACGAGCAGGAUUCGACUAUCGAGUCCCCAUCCCCAGUUUUAUCGUCAUCGAAACGCACCUUGAGAAAUACUCCUUCCUACCAUUCUCGAUCCAAGCCAUCCCGCGCCAAACUACCACCAUUUCUAAGAAUCCCCUGCGAAUUGCGAUGGAUGAUUUUCGACGCCCUCGUAGCGUCCAUUACCGAAAUCGAAAUCAGUCCAUCGUUUAUCGAUACUUUCCACGCUCUCCGUCUCAGCACCAAAGGUCUUCGAGACGAGGUUAUAGGAUGGCAGAGAAAGAGACCCGAUGUUAUGAAUAUUUUCCCCUAUGGCUGUUUUAUCCCCCACCACACCACCUUCGUUUUGAAAAUCGAUCACCGCUGGAAAAAGGUCGUCAAGCACAAGACGGUUUCCGGAUCCCACGUGACGUUUAAGAGCGGUCCUAGAUGUAGAAAGCAAGAUGCAGUUCUUCCCCAAGAAACAAAAGCCAUCAAAUACAUGACGCGGGAACAAGCAUGGUACAGUUUCUGUCGCGCAGUAACCACAACCCACAUGUCCAAAAUCCAUCUCAAAUUCGAGAUCUCCCUCCCCGAAGAAUUGGAACCCAGCAGUCAGGAUAGCGGACUAGGCCCCAUUCCGCGCGAAGAACUAUUCGACGCGCUCGCGACGUCGCGAUAUCAGGAAGGCGCAUGGGCAUCCCAACACUUAUAUCUCCGCGGGACACUCGACCAACUGGCCAGUAUGUACCGAACGGAUACGCUUGCGCAAAUAGGGGACAUGGUGCAAAUUGUGCAGAAAACUGCAUUUGACGCGGAAACAUGGACGAUGUUUCGUGAUAAUCGGUGGGAGGUGCAUGAGUAUGAUACGCUCUCGUAUCCGUUCGAUGUGACGUAUUGGGAGGAUGAGAAGUCUACGAUAGAUGAGGAGGGGAGAGAGGGAAAGGUGGUGUAUGAGUAUGGGGGGAGAGUCAUGGAGGCGGUGAUUGAAUGUGCGCAGGAUAUGCGCAGGGGUCCGUCGUUUGUGGUGCAGUCUUCGGUUCCGCCUCCGGUGAAUGAGGAGCAUGCUUUUGUUUUUUCCAGGGGCUGGUUGCAGGGGACGAUGACUUGUGCGUGA